AUGGCCUCGCCGGCGGGCAAUGGAUCGUCAAAAGUGACACCCUAUGAUGUUAUCAUCGGCUUCACCAACACGGAGGUAUAUCGAAUCCCUUCGAAAGGGUUCAAGGCUAGGAUGAUCACCCUGGCCGUGCUCAAUGUUGUGUCAGUUCGGCUGGCGGGAUUUCACGCUGCGUGCUCUCGGGCGCUUCUUCGAGGAGACGGACGCGGAGGCUGACCUGACUUGUAUGCUCUCAUUAUGUCGCGUUUCUGGUCACAGUUUUAUUUUCGGAAGCCUUGCAUACCUUGGCAUCACCCACCGCGAGCGACAGAGGAAUACGAGGCAAGGGUCAGACGCCUCCUAUCAGCCCAAAAGUCAACGAGCGUUCUGGUUGUUCCGUAGGGUAAGGCUGGGAGGGUUGGCGUAAUCUGCGUUUUUGAGAGAAGAUCAACGGUCUAACGCAUCGUGCUAUCUGUUGCAUAGGUCGAUCGGAGCUCUGGCAAGCUCAUCAUACCGAAUCAUCGGAUACUUGGAGCAGCGUUCGUCAUCGCGGUGGCUGUAACUUGGAUUGGACUCGCGCUGGACUCGAUCAAGGUAUUUAUCGAGCGAGGCGCGAUGCGAGACAGCUUUGGAUGGCGAGCCUUUUUGCUCAUGCCGAUGUUGUACGUGACGUGUCAAUGUCUGGAACGCCUUCUCUCUUGAGCGCAGAGCUGACCCAGAACUGAAUGCGUCAUCCUCUUCAGUGGGCACGGUUGGAUUACGGUGUGGACGAGCUUAACCACCUUCUUGAUGACGACCGACCGACACUCGACAUUCACCGUCUCGUCGACGCUUGUGAACAUCUUCUUCGUCGGGGUCUUUGUCGGUGGCUUGGGCAUGGCCAUUAUCUGCAGCUGCGUCAACUUUUCUAAAGGUCUCAAGUUCUGGAGUGCCUACCUUGCUUUCAAGGCCAGGCUCGAGAACAACGAUGCGGCAUACCCAAAUUUGCCUGCGGACGCAUACAACCUCACGUUGCAGCAAGCGACAGAAGUUCGGGCCGCUGGCGUGCGCUACUUCCGGUCAGGAGCUUACACCUUCGGACCUUGCAUCAUCCUGCCCCUCGCCAUCAUUGUCGUUGUAUGUCUACUCCCGCCCUCUCCGGGGUCCUUUUGUUCCUGUGGAGCUGAUCAGUUGAACGCGUUCACGUCGAAGAAUGUGGCCGCCCUGUUCCUCUGCCGAGUGCUACAGAAGCAGAUCGACUACAACAAAGAGCAACUCAUAUCGGCGAUCACGACCGAACAUCAGCUGACGACCUCGUUGAUGCAAGAGGCGGGUAUCCCACGAAGAUCGUCGACGGCAGUACUGAAGCGACUGAGCCUUUCGAAGGGGCUGAGCCUCUUUGAGUCGACGGCUAGUAUCGAGGACUUUAACGGCAAGAGGUUAUCCGCCUCUCAAAUUAGGCGCAUGUCCAAACUCGACGCGCGAAGCCAUUGCAAGGACAGAGCAAGGACUAUCAUUGUCCUGACACGAGCUCGGUGGGAGUUGUUGCUUGUAAGUCUACGGUGGAAAUAUCUCCCAAACGGGAUCAUUUGUGGGGUACCGGACAGGAGCUGAUCUCAUGAAGUUUCCCAUUGGCAUGUUGCAGUUUUCGAUCAAUGCUGCGGUCAUCUCCAUGUUCAUCAUCGGGAUCCUCAGCUACCUCACCAUAAUCUGCCAUGAUCUCACCAUCGUGACCGGGACGUUCAGUCGAUUCGAAUCGGCGGUCUACGUGAGUGGCUGGUUCUAUACUACGCUCUCUCUCGUCACCCUAGUCCUUCUCUUGUUCCAGGCGUUCCAAUAUAGGUAAAGGGCGACGACUUCCGUCCCAACCUUAGGAGGAGGCCUUGGAGGCGGUACAAGCUUCAACUCCGUCGGAGGGGCCAUUCCCGCUGCGCAGGCGAUGUCGGAGGCAGGUGUCGAGCCCAUCGUUCGGCCGAGCCAUUCCCGAUCCUGCUCUUUCGUACUACCACCACCCCCACUUGAUAGACGAGGCAGCGGAGGAUCGGACGUCACCGGUAGGAGAGGCAAUGUAACGCAUCUAUUCGGUCGAAUCGCCAAUCCGUGGGCCCGGAGGAACUCGUCGUUCGAUUCAACCAACACCAAGCCGGCUUUGGGUGUCAACAUGGUCGUCGAGAGAGCGGUCAGGGAGGAGAUGGCGGAGGAGGAGGUGAGCGCGACAACCUCAUCGACUGCAGAACAAGCGACAAAAGAGAAAAACGCGCCAGUCAGCGCCAGUCAAGUAUGA